UACCAACAGACCCCGCAACCUGCUGCCUAUUCCGGUUGUUAGCGGGUUGAUUGCCCAACCCCAACUUGCCCUGCCUCCUCCGCGCAGGCCGCCCGCCGUUCUCGACUCGCCCUCCUUCGGCCUGCUGCAUCGCCCGGACCUCCAACAUAGAAGCACGCAGAUCGGAGGCCGAACGAGAUGGUGACCCGAAAGCCGCUUCCUGAGAGCGCCGCCGCCGCAAGCCAAGCCAAAGCUGCGCAGCGGCGAGAUGGGGGGAAUGACCAACAAAACCGCUGGUCCUCGACUACUGGCUCUGAGCAAGAUGCGAUCUGGGGCGACCAACCGACGCAGCACCUGCAUGGAGAUGGUGUCAGCGCUGGGGGUCCUACCGCAGGUGACAAUGCGCCAGAGCCUUUAAGGCCCGGCGCGCCCGGCGCGCCCGGCGCAAAUUACACUGGUCUAGGAGAAGAGUACAAUAUAUGGGCUAGCGACGUAACUAAACUACCAACAACGGCCGGUGAUGGCGGGCUAGGCGGCGGUGACAGAGUGCCCGAGGUUUUGCGGCCUGGUGGUGGCCAAAGACAGCAUGCUGGUCCUACGACAACUAAGAACGAGGAGGGGCAUGAUAUUGAUCGAGUACCGACUAUCCUCAGACCCGGCGCCGGGGGGCUGAAACCAGAGACGAACCCGUUCAAGCGCAAGAUGUCGCUGAGCGCCUCUGGCGCGAGCAGUCAGGAGGAUCUGGGCAGACAAUCUGCACCACAGACAGCGGCCCCGCCGUUACCUCCUCUACCCGUGGAUGCGUUCGCGCAGCUCAAUGUGUCAGAGACGAGUAACAACCCUUGGCAACCAGCUCUAGGUGAUAAGAAGACCGCAACGCCACAACCACCCCCGAUUCCUGCGACCUCUGAGGAUGGCAUUUGGCAUUCCGCCAAGCCUUCACGAGAGACUACCCCCGGCCCGACGUCAAACUCGCCUGCUCUGCUGUCUCUGCCCUCCGAGGAGGGGUCGGCCGGCUGGGAAGACGAGGAGUCCCGAAAAGCGGCACCGCCUGCGCUUCUCCUUCCCUCGCCAGACGAGAACGUUCUUGAGGAUUCACAUGCAUGGGACGAUCUAGGGACCAUAGACAAGGGGAAAGGGCCCGCCCAAGUCCCGCCACCCGCCCCGAACGCCGGCCAAACAGAUGACUGGAAUCUCAUUGACGUGGACACGCCUCCCGGCCCGCUGUCCAAACAGAGCACGUGGGAAAACUUUAACGAUGAAGAAGGAGCAGCUCCGACGCGCUCACCCGGCCUGCCGGAGCAAAAGCCGCUACCGGUAAUACCGCCGAUGCGACAGGAAGAAGCUCCACCGCAGCCUCCCCCGCGCCCUGCUGCCAAAUCGGAAACAUACCAGAUCAAGAACAUCAACUGGUUUGACGUGACGGCCGCUAAGAAUCCAAGAACCUCGCCCAUCCUUGUCCAGAAUGCGAAUGGGCCGUGUCCGCUUGUUGCGCUUGUAAACGCGCUCAGCCUGACUACGCCCGCAGAUAAGACAAAUACGGCGCUUGUUGAGACGCUCUGGUCUCGGGAACAGGUCAGCCUUGGGUUGCUACUCGACGCCGUGUUUGACGAGCUCAUGUCAGAACGGCGGACGAAUUCCGAGGUCGCCCUUCCAGAUGUUGGCGAGCUUUACAACUUCCUCAAGGGCCUUCACACGGGCAUGAACGUGAACCCGCGAUUUAUUCCCGCUCCCGAGGUUGUCAACUCGUUCAAGCGCACAUCUCUCAGUCAUCUCCAUCCAACAGAAAGAAGUGACGUUACAAUUCCUGGCACUUUUGAGGCCACCAAGGAGAUGGCUCUUUAUGCAACUUUCUCCAUCCCCCUUAUUCACGGAUGGCUACCCGCAAGAGAGGAAGACGUCUACGAUUCAUUUGUACGGCAGGCGACGUCCUACGAAGAUGCUCAAAAUCUACUCUUCCGAGAGGAGGAACUUGAGGAGAAGCUCAGCAGCGAUCACCAUCAGGGCCUCACCGAGGACGAGCAGCAGAUUUACCAAGAUAUUCUUACCAUUAAGUCGUUUCUGAGUAUAUCAGCAACCCAGCUCACGCCCUGGGGCCUCGACGUCAUCAGGCAGUCAAUGAAGCCCGGCUCGGUGGCCAUUCUCUUCCGAAAUGACCAUUUUUCGACGCUUUACAGGCACCCGCAGACCCUCGAGCUUCUUACUCUAGUUACCGAUGCCGGGUAUGCAAGCCAUGCCGAGGUUGUGUGGGAAUCGUUGGUAGACGUUAAGGGCGAGCACGCGGAAUUUUUCUCGGGGGAUUUCCGCCUCGUUGGAGGGGCUUCGCAUUCCCAACAGUCUGGAGGCCAGGUAGCGUCGCCGGCUCGCCACUCAAGCGGUGAUGGUUGGCAAACAGUGCAAGGUCGCCAAGGACGGAGUCAGCCGACUUCGAGCCAGGCAGAGCCAAGCGGCGUUUCCGCACCUCCAUCUCGUGAACAAGAGGACCGGGACCUAGCGCUGGCAAUGCAGCUUCAGGAGGAGGAGGACGAGCGCCAUCGUGUGGAGCAAGACCGCCGCCGCAGAGAAAGCAUGCUCUCUGAGCAGUUUAUCGAGCAGCAGGGGCGUCCUACUCCAGCCGGUCCUCAUGAUGGACGAGAGGGCGGUAGACGUGGCGGCAGCGAUGGCGCCAACGCCGCUGUCGCCGGACGGGGCGCCAACGCUAAUGGCCGCGGGGGCUCGCGCACGUCCUUGUCGUCAGCCACGACGGCCCCAACAGGUCGACGCAGCUCUAGCACUACGAAUAUUCCCCUAAGUGCAAUCACGACAACUGCAACGGCCACUUCUCAGUCGUCGAGCACUUCCGCACGCGGUAACGCGCGAGGUGGCGGUGCCAGCCCAGCUGCCGCUAGAACCAGGCCGACGGUCCAGACUGUCCGGUCUCUAAUUCCGCCACGCGCGCAACCUUUGAACCGUGGACCUGAGGACGGGCUUGACGACGCGCCGCCGAGCUACGAGCAGGCGGCUAAGGCGACGGCCUAUGUCCCGCCCGCCGGCAGCCCUCAUCACCCAGCGAGCAGCCCCCGACACGAUGUUGCAGGCGGCCCGCCGUCUGCGUCUGGUCUAGCGCCGCCGUCCCUCUUCCCAGUAGGCCAAUCGCCUGCCUCUAGCGCACCACCAGCUUUUACGCCCCAGAGGACAGGCAGGCCCCCGGCGGGGUACCCAGGAUCUAGCGGGAAUGUUCAGGGUCGAUAUCGACAGGGAGUUCCUCCGGCUGGGGCAGCAGCGGCAAGUUCAUCAAGUCGGGAUCGGGACUGUGUUGUGAUGUGACGCGUGAUAUUUUAUGAAGGCGAUGCCUAAGCAUGCGGCCCUAGCGGGACUUGUGUCUUGUGGCAGGUAUUGCGAACGACACAUUCAUGAAGCAUGGGCUGGGAAUUGUUCUAUCAUCAAAUAGAAGCGGUUGUUUAUUUUUGUUUCUAGUUAGAUUUUGAGAGUCUCUUUUGAGUAUCUCGGCAUUCCCUAAAGUUAUACGGUUUGCAUCACUGG